AUGUCCAUACAGGAGGCAUCAGCGACAAGUCUCUCUACAAUGAGAAAUGUCUUUUGCUUCUCAAUUCACAUGUCAUGUCCACCAGGAAAUCCCGAGCCAAGUCCUCUCAAACGAACCGAUCGUAUAGUCGUUCAUUCUAGCCUUCUCGUUCUUUGCAUUUUUAUAUUUAUUCUAUUUAGGCCCCAUUCAUUUAUUUUUCUCUCGCUAUUUCUUUUUUUCCAGUAUUCUUUUCUUUAUCACCUCUGCUACUUUCAUUUAUUUCUUUAUUCUUCUUUUUUUCCUUGUCCCCUUUAUGUUUUCAUUCUACCUUUUUUAACUGCUUCUUUCAAUUUUUCAUUUCUUCCCACCUAUUCCUUUCUUUGUAAAAUCCCCUUUUUCAUGUUUUUUGUUCUUUUUAGUAAUUCUUUUACGAACACUCCUCAACUCUCCAUCUGUCUUUUUUUCAGAUCUUUUAUCUCUUUUUUUCUUUCCUUUUAG